AUGAUUCCAAGUGGGAUCUUGAAUCUUGUCAACUUAGAAGUACUCAAGUUUGAAGAGAACCUAGUGUCAGCCAUUGAUGGAUUCUCUUCCACAAAUCUGCUUGGUGUGGGUGGUUUUGGAUCAGUCUAUAUAGGAAUUCUUGAUGAGAGUGGAACUAUAGUUGCUGUCAAGGUCCUCAACCUUCUGUGCCGUGGAGCAUUCAAAAGCUUUCUUGUUGAGUGUGAAGCCUUGAGAAACAUUAGAAAUCGAAAUCUGGUAAAGGUUCUUACAGUUUGUUUAAGUGUUGAUAACCAUGGUAAUGAUUUCAAGGUUCUAGCUUAUGAGUUCAUGAUCAACGGAAGCCUUGAAGAAUGGUUGCAUCCAACAGCUACAGAAGAUGAAGUGCAUCAAAACCAAAGAAAUCCAGAUAUGUUUCAGAGGUUGGAUAUCACCAUUGAUAUUGCAAGUGCAUUGUAA